AUGGAUACAGUUCCGGUCAAUGUCGUGACCAUCACGAGGAUGGUCGAUAUCCUCACCAGAGACCUGGACGCAGCUCAGAAAAAGCUCGAGGAGUUGAAACAAGAAAAGGAAAACACAGAAACCCGUCUCGAGGAGCUGGACUUGGUUAAUGGCCAACUUCGAGAGAAGGUGGCCGAACUUGAAAGCGAGCGGGCCAAUGUGCCACUGAAGCAGGAAACCCAGGACGAUGAAAAACCGUUUCUCGCCUCACACCAAGCUCAAGACCAAAGCUGUCGGGAUGCGGAGAAGGAUGCAAGAAUCACAAAAUCAGAGAAAUCCGUGGACGAAUACCUCAGAAAUUUCCAACGUGCUUCUGCAGUGGGUAAUCAGACGCGCCAUGAUGAAUUAAGAGACGACACGCAGUCAGAGGAGUCAUCAUCUACCGAGGGGGUUGAGGAGCAGGAGGGGAAUAAAGGUGAAGAAGAUAAGAGAGACAGCGGGGAAGAGGAGAAUGGUAAGCAGAAGAAGGAAGAUGGGAAUGAGGAGGAGGAAGGGGAAGUAAACGAAGAAGAAAAGGAUCGGAUCGGAGAGGCGGAAGAAGAUGAUAACGAGACCGAUCAUGAAUACCGCAGAAAAUUCAAGCGCCUCAGGUAUAAGCGCAGGGUGGUGAGGGCUGAUGAUGAGGACGAGGAGAUGUUUGAUGUAGAGAAGGAAAAGGAGGUAGAGGGGAAUAAAGAAAAGGACAAGAGAAAGAAGAGAUCCAGAGAUGAGAUGGAGGAGAAGGAGGGGGCAAAAAAUGACCCAUCAUGUUCUCAAUGCGACAGAAACCAUCGCAUAUGUGACCCGACGAGGCCAGGUUACGCCUGUGAACAUUGCGCCAAGAACAAAAGAAAGUGCUCCUUUACCAACAUAGAAGUCCGUGUGAGCAAGAGGAGGAGACUGAAGAAGGGGAAAUUAGAGGAGGGAUCAUCAAAAGGAAAGGGUGGAGAUAAGAAAGAGGAGGGGCCUAAAAAAGAGAAGAUGAGGGAAGAGAAUAUAAAAGCAGAGAGCUCCAAGGCCGGAGAGGAGCAUUUGAGGAUGGCCAGAAGGAAAUUAAAGGAGGUGGGUGGUAUGGAGGAAUCCAUGAAGAAGAUGGUUGAAAUGAAUGAGGUAUUGAUGGAGAAGAUUUGUGGGUUAGAAAAGAAGGUGGGGGGGUUACAAAAGAGCAUGGAGGGGUUGAAGGAGGUGAUUGAUGAAUUGAAGGAAUGUGUUGCAAAUAUUGGGAAGAGGAAUUGA